GUAGAGUGUUGUGAGUCUAUGAAGCACCUUAGCAGUUUCUUUCGCUCUUCCUAGAAGGCCAGGUGUCACAGGAAAACUUCACUUUUUUUCUUACAAGAAUUAAGUGGCAUCCAGAAACGGCAGCGGAUUACCAACCUUCUGCUGAGUGGAUGGCAGCACCAUUAAAAAUGUCUCUUCCUUCCUGGAAAUUCAGCAAAGAGUUAGCAUUCCCAGGCUGUUGGAUCUCUCUUCCAUGUUAACGGAUAAUAUUUGAUAUGUGCCCUGUAAAUCCUGCCCUGGGACUCUGUGACCGGUGGGGUGCCUGAUGCCUGUAAUCCCCAUUCCCCGCCGGGUCCGUUCGUUCCACGGCCCCCACACGACCUGCCUGCAUUCGGCCUGUGGCCCGGUAAGGACCACUCACUUGGUGCGCACCAAGUACAACAAUUUCGACAUCUAUCUCAAAUCCCGAUGGAUGUAUGGAUUCAUCCGUUUCCUGCUGUACUUCAGCUGCAGCCUGUUUACCUCCAUCCUCUGGGUGGCACUCUCUAUCUUGUUUUGCCUUCAGUACCUCGGCAUCCGGAUCUUUCUGCGUUUCCAGUACAAACUCUCCAUCAUCCUCCUCUUACUGGGGCGAAGGCGGGUCGACUUCAGCCUCAUGAAUGAACUGCUCAUCUAUGGAAUUCAUGUGACCAUGCUGCUAGUGGGGGGGCUGGGAUGGUGUUUCAUGGUAUUUGUGGAUAUGUAAAUAAAACAAGCGCAUGUGGGCUGAGAAGGUGACUUUUCUUCUACCCCCAAAUGUGUCAAUAUCUUCUUUUUUAUAUAAAUUUAUUUAUUUAUCAGUGCUACCUUUUAUUGAUAAAUUAACAUACUUGUCUCUGGAAUUUGUAUUUUUUUUGAGGGUCAAGGUGCCAUUUUGAUUAUCAAAGUGCAACACUUUGGGUGGUUUUUGUUUGCACAGUGCAAGUUAAUAUAAAUUUCUUCCAGUCCUUAGGAGCCUACCUUGCCGCUGUUCCUGUGGACAUGAAAAAGGCAGUGAUUUAUCUGGAGGGCAGAAGCCAGAUAACCUUGCACCCCAUGCUCUUAAUCUGUCCUCACCCUUAAAUGCUCCUUAAUGUCUCAGGCGUGUAAUAUGUGUCCUGCUUGACCAGUGUUUUCCUUUCUCUAUGUAGUUUGUAUUUUGCAUAUUCCUUGCUAAGAAUACAGGGCCAGAUUCAAC